CCUGCUCACACGUCUCUCUGUCUCCCCCUGCAGGGCGAACAGGAAGUGAAGACGGUGGCUCCGGGCAUCGAACCGGCAGAACCUUCAGGCUCCGCCCCCAGAGCCGCAGACGUGGAACCGGAUAAAUUCGAAUUCCCUCCAGAGUCUGACGAGGAGUACAUGGUCGUAGAAGAAGAAAUGGCCGAAUCCUCCGCGGCCAAAAUUAAGAAAUCCGGUCUCACUCGCAUCGAGAGCUUCAAAGCUAACAUGAGCAAGACCCGGGAGAACCUCGGGAGCAAAGUCAACAAACUGGGAGAAAGAAUCGUGACGGCCGAACGACGCCAGAAAAUCCGACAAUCUGGAGAACGCCUGAAGGAGACAAUCAGCAAAAGUGUUCCUGCCAAGUUGAAGAAGGAAAGAACGGUGGCAGAAGGCCAAGAAGGAGCCAUGGAAGGAGCCAAGGAGGAGACUAAUGAGGCGACCAAUCAGAAGGCAGCUCCUGUGUUGCCGCCCAAAGGAAGGAAGGGAAAAGCAGUGAAGGAGAACGAGGAGGAGGCGGAGGAAGAGGUGCCGAUGUACGAUAUGAAACAGCUGUCGUAGAAAACUGAGAUCAGGAAGAGGGACUGUAUUCAGAAAUCAGCUGAUUUAUAUAUUGUUUAUUCUUGUUUUGCAUGAUGGUGAAUCUGUGACGUCUUGAUGGAACGUUUUGGUUGUUUUGUUUGGGGAAAUCUGGAAGGUUGAAUUGACCCUUAAUGAAGUGAAGUGCUCAAGGUGAGAGGCUGUUGGAACAAAAGGCUGAUGCAUUAAAUAAGUACACACUACCUGGACCUUUGAAGACUUCCAUAUAUUAAUAAAAUGUCAGAAAACAGUGAAAAAUGUCCAUUUGAAAUCCCAAAAUAUUCACUAAAGACGUGGAGUCCAAGUUACUGAAGAAUCAGGAGGAGGGGCUUCAUUCAGAAAUCAGCAGAUUUAUAUAUCGUUCACUUUUUUCUUUUUCACGUGGACUUUUCCCAGCUGUUUGCAUGUUGGAGAGGUUUGUAAAUCUGUAACGUCUCGACGGUGCCUUUUGGGGAAAUACUGAAGGUUUAAUUAACCCUUAAUGAAGUGGAGUGUUCAACAUGAGAGGCUGUUGGUACAAAAGGCUGAUGCAUUCAAUAAAGACUCUACCUGGAGCUUUGAAGACUUCCACUAGAGCUGCAACUCACAGUGUAUGCAUAACAUUAAAGUCCUUCAAUGUCCCAAAAUAUUCACUUUAAUACGAUAUUUAAAA